AUGGACCCUCGCUGCGUCCUGAAGGUCAAGAAGGGCAUCUUCGGGCUCGUGGGCGCGCCGAGGCUGCGGUGGCGACGACUACGCCGAGGGCUGGUCGAGGCAGAGCUGAAGGACGAGAGCGGCAUUCCCAUCGUCAUGAUGCAGUCCCGGCUCGACCCGAGCGUGUUCCGCGGCUUCAACGAGGAUGUUGGGAUGUGUACCCGGGCCCUGCGCCGAGGAGUAAUAUGUCUCUUCAAUUUCGGCGAGUGGUGGCAUGUCCCAGUGAUGUUCUUUUGGAAGCUGCUGCAGGCGGACCCGGGGGGGGGCCUCUUGCUCGACCAAUCGACCUUCAUCGAGGGUGGGCUCGAGCCAGUCGAGAUGGACAGGACUCGGAAGCGCGACCCGAGCCUGGAGUGCAACGCCCGUGAGAUCGGGGACAACCGGAGCGAGGCCCGGCGGCAGGUCGCCCAAGGGGGGAAGGUCCACUUGCAGGCAGGGUACUCGGUCUACUUGUGCGAGCGCGCAGUGGCAGAAGGUCGCCCAGGUGAGGCGAUCCUCGUGGACUGGAGGAGUCGCGCGCUGCCGCGAUUGGCGAGGAGCACCUUCGCCGCCGAGGUCGAGAGCACGCUGAAGGAGCUGGGCGUAGAGUACAUCGACCUGGUCCUCCUUCACAAGGCCGGCGUGGACCGCAGCCUGCCCUGCGGGUCGCCGCGCGCCUGCCGGCAGGAGACGUGGUUGGCGCUGCAGCGCGCGCGCUCGGUGGGCAAGGUGCGCCACCUCGGCGUGAGCAACUUCGGGCCGAGGCAGAUGGGCGAGAUCCUGGCGCUGGGUGGUGCUCCGAUCGCGGCCAACCAGCUCGAGUACCACCCGUGGGUGCCCGACACGCACAGGGACACGGUGCAGUGGUGCCACGAGCACGGCAUCGCCGUGACCGCCUACGGCUCCAUGGGUAGCAACGGCCUGGCCAGUCAGCUGCUCAUGCAGGACGCCCUCAAGGAUAUCGGGGGCCGCCACGGCAAGACGGCUGGCCAGGUGCUCCUGCGGUGGGCGAUCCAGAAGAAUGUGAGCGUGAUCCCUGGCACCUCCAACCCGAAGCACAUGGCAGAGAACUUGAGGAUCGCUCUUCGACUUCGAGCUGUCCCCGGGCGAGAUGGCCGCGCUCGACUCUGUCCCGAAGGAUUGGACGCCCACAUGCUGCACUUCGGGCACACGCCGGACGAGUCCGAGUGA